AAGAAUACUGCUCAAUCAACACAAAUAGUUCUAAUAGUUGUGUUUCUUAAAAAGAAGGAAGAACAGAAAAAUCAUCCAUCAUGGCAGAAUUCGACAAAACUGGAUACUGUAAAGAAUCUGCUAAUGCCGGGCACCCUUUUUUAUUUUUGUGGCAUAGCUGCCGAUGUUUAG